UGUUUCACUGUGACAGAACUUAGACACAUCUGCAGCUGAUGACUUGAGCUCAGUGUCUUGCUCGAGGACACUUAAGCAGGACACAUGGAUCAGAACAAACAAGCUGUCUGCUUUACUGCUGCUGUGAGAAAGAGACCGGCUGCUUACACACCUCCGUCACCUUAAGCAAGGUUGAGGUUUGGACACGUGACCUGGCACACUCAGCCAUAUAAGCCCGGGUUCGGCCCUGCCAGGUUCACAUUGUUGGUCAUGAUGAGGGGGUUGCUCGCAUUCGCUGCGCUGUUUGUGGCCGUUCUCGGCAAGGAGACAUAUGAGGGGCACCAGGUGCUUCGCAUUAUUCCAAAAGACGAUGUCCAGCUGUCUCUUAUCAAGGACCUGGAGGACAUUAUUGAGUUUGAGCUGGACUUCUGGAGGGGUGUGACUGAUGUGGCCACUCCUGUGGAUGUCAGAGUUCCCUUCCACAGCCUGCAGUCGGUCAAAAUUUACCUGGAGACUCAGGACAUUGUGUACUCCAUCAUGAUCGAAGACUUGCAGGUGAUGCUGGAUGAGGAGCAGGAAGAGAUGGAGUCUGCUGCUCGUGUUGGUGAGCCCAGAAAUACUGACAGCUAUGACUACUCCAGAUACCACCCCAUCAACGAGAUCUACAGUUUCCAGGACAUGCUGGUGGCUGAGAAUCCCAAUAUGGUCAGCAAGAUCGUGAUCGGUCAGAGCUACCAGGGUCGUCCCCUGAAUGUGCUCAAGUUCAGUACUGGUGGAACCAACCGUCCCGCCAUCUGGAUCGACACUGGAAUCCAUUCCAGAGAGUGGGUCACUCAGGCCAGUGGUACCUGGUUUGCCAAAAAGAUUGUGACUGAUUAUGGACGUGACCCCGCUCUCACCGCCAUCCUUAACAAGAUGGACAUCUUCUUGGAGAUUGUGACCAAUCCUGAUGGGUACUACUACACCCACAACAGCAACCGUAUGUGGCGUAAGACCAGGAAGCCCAACCCUGGCUCAAGCUGUGUGGGAGUCGAUCCCAACAGGAACUGGGAUGCUGGUUUUGGAGGACCUGGUGCUAGCAGAAACCCCUGCUCAGAAACCUAUCAUGGACCCAGUGCUCACUCUGAGUCUGAGGUCAGGUCCAUUGUGGACUUUGUGAAGUCCCACGGUAACUUCAAGGCAUUCGUCUCCAUCCAUUCUUACUCCCAGAUGCUCCUGUACCCCUACGGCUACACCAGGACUCCAGUCAAAGACCAGACUGAGCUGCACAAUCUGGCUAAGAAGGCCAUCACCGACCUGGCCUCCCUGUACGGUACAAGCUACAGAUACGGCAGCAUCAUCAACACUAUCUACCAAGCUAGCGGUGGCACCAUCGACUGGACCUACAACCAGGGCAUCAAGUACUCCUACACCUUCGAGCUGAGGGACACCGGCCGUUACGGCUUCAUCCUGCCAGCCAGCCAGAUCCUCCCCACCGCCAGGGAGACUUGGCUGGCUCUGAUGGCCAUCAUGGAUCACACCUACAAGAACCCCUACUAAUGUGUGAAAAUCCCAAAGAGGAUAUUGUUGGCAAAUGUCACCUGUAAAAUGUCAUCUUUAUCAUCACCAUCAUGAUCAUACUCCAUGUCUCCUUAGACCUAGUUAAAAACACAAACAGGCAAAUAAAUGAACACACUGGAAAACGGCACUUUCCAUUUCUUUACGAUUUUAAAGCCUUUUAAAUUGGGCGCAUGUUGGACACACAUUUAUGCACAUGCAGGUUUGCUCUUUCAUUCCUGUGUCUGCUUCACUAUCAUCAAUCAAUCUUCACCUCCCUUUUGUAGAGAUAUUUUGAACUAUAAAUGAAUAAAUAGAUAACAUAUUCGGCUAUUGCAUAGCACAGAGUGAAACAAAUCUGGUCCCAUGCCCUAUGCUACAGGUCAUCCCCUCUCUCCCCCCACUUUUCUUGUCUCUCUCUACUACCACUAUCAAAAUAAAGCAAAAUCCCAAAAUAUAUAUAUAAUAUAUAAAUAAAAACGUCAAAGUCUUUACUCUGGGCUUGUUCUAAGAAUAUGUCAUGUUUAUUUCUUGUUUAAAUGUUUCUAUUUUUACCUAGAUGUGACGAGUGUGAGAGAUGGUUAGCUUUAUAAACUACUGAAUUAGAUCAAUCCCUCUCUAAACAGUGCAUUAU